UCAUUAAGGAAAGGUCCUUAUCUAAAAUAUUAUUCAUUCAAUUGAAAAGAAACACACAAUGUUCUCUGCAUUUAAAAGAUUAGCCGGAAAGUCUGAUGGAGUUGGCAAUGUAUCUCUUAGACCAGCUCAUCAAUCUAUGCCAACAACUUUACAAAGAAAAUUUGCUAAAGGCGUACAGUAUAACAUGAAAAUUAUUAUAAAAGGUGAUAGAAAUGUAGGAAAAACUUGUCUAUUUCAUAGACUUCAAGGCCAAAAAUUUAUAGAAGAAUAUAUACCAACAGAAGAAAUACAAGUAACCAGUAUUCAAUGGAAUUAUAAAGCUACAGAUGAUAUUGUCAAAGUUGAAGUUUGGGAUGUUGUAGAUAAGGGUCGACGUAGGAAAAAAUUGGAAGGUUUGAAAAUGGACAAUUCACAGUCUGAAAAUAUUGAGGAGCCUGCUUUGGACGCAGAGUUUCUUGAUGUUUAUAAAGGGACCAAUGGUGUUAUUAUUAUGAUGGAUAUUACAAAAUCUUGGACAUUUGAUUAUGUACAAAGAGAACUUCCAAAAAUUCCUAGCCACAUCCCAGUUAUUGUCUUAGGAAAUCAUUGUGAUAUGGCACAUCAUAGAACAGUUACAUCGGAUCAUGUGACAUAUUUUAUUGAUUCCUUACACGAAAGAACAGCGCAAGUAAGAUAUGCAGAAUCAUCUAUGAGAAAUGGCUUUGGAUUAAAACUUCUGCACAAAUUCUUCAAUCUUCCUUUCCUUCAAUUGCAAAGAGAAACAUUAUUGAAACAACUUGAUACUAAUGAGGAGGAGACACGUUUGACAAUACAGGAACUUGACCUCUUUCAGGACAGUGAUGAUGCCAAUUAUAACAAAUUCUUGGAUAAUCUUGUUAACAGAAGAAGAGCAAUUGCUGACUCUGUCUCUGCCAGUAUUCUAGUCCCUAAUGUUACAUCUUCUUUGAGUAAUCAUAAUAUAUUAUCUUCCAAUGGCAACACAAAUAUAAAUGCUGAAGUAAAACGAUCAAUUUCCAUGCCUGCUGGUCCUAUAGGAGGUGGAACCCCUAUUCCGGUAAAAAGUCUAGAUUUAAAAUCACUACCAAAGAAGGAAAAUUUUAUAAAUACUUGUGAAAAUCAAGUAGUUCCUAGUAAAAGCUCACAGGCCAUAUCAACAUUGUCCCCUACACAAAAUAUUUCAAAAACAGACACCAAGGUGGCUGAAUUGUUAAAUGAUAAUACUGAUAGGCGAGAUUCGAUUAACAAGCCACAAUCACUUAUGUCAAAGAUAUUUGGUAAUAAAAAGGAAGAUGAAGUGGACAAAGUAAUACACGUUAAUAACUCGAGUACGAACGUACCGUUAACUAGCGUUGAAGACUUUGUUCCGGACGAUGGACCUUUAGAUCGAUCGUUCUUAGAAGAUAGUAGUCAAAUUUCACCACAAAAGGUACAGCAUGACGAACUGGAUUCUGAAAGUGAUACUGAAACUGCGAACCCUUUGGUUGCCGGUUACGAAGAUGAUUUAUCAUCGACCGACGAAGCAACACCUCCCAUACAACCGAAAUUGGCUGAGAAUCCGUUGAGCAAACAGAAACACAAACGCGAAACUUUAUCAAACGCAGAAAUAAAUUCAGAAAAAUUACGACAAAUCACUAAACGUGAUUCUAUUUCAUCUAUAGACCAAGAAUUCCAAAUAUCGAGCAAUUAUGAUAUAAAUGAGCAACAAGGGAUUAAUUCGGACGCGUUCGAUAGUUGGCUCCGUCGUGAUUCCAAAUGGAGGCAAAGUCCCGAAGGCGGUGAAGAUGUAAGCAGUAACAGCACCAGAAAAGACAGACUGGAGUUGAGUGAUAAAAGUUUAGACGUUAGUGUAACAAGUUCUAAUGUUCAUUUAGAGUUACUCGACAAUACUAGUGUACGUCAUAUGAGUUCUGAUGGUGGCAGUCCCGUGUUAAGAGAAAAGAAGAAACAUAAAGAGAAGGCGGAAGACAAAGAGAAGAAAAAGAAGAAAAAGUCUAAAGACAAAGAGAAAGAUAAAGAGAAAACAGAUAAAGUAGAAAAGAAAAAGAAACGUUCGUUACAUCGUACCAGAGAUGAAAAGAGAGAACGCGAUGAACUUGAAGAAUUUCUUAAUGGUUCUGUAACUAGAAUUGGUGUCGAUGUUGCCUAUGAAGAAAUAUAG